AACCUGGCCAUUUUAUUAACAUUAAAGUGUUUUAUUACACCUGCCAUGGUUAACCUCCAACUCGAAUGUUAUUUGACUAAAUGUGGCUCAUUGUAUUAAGGUUCUGAAGGCAAAAUAAUUCACCUGCAUAUACUACAACUUUUUUAUAUAUAUUUUUAUAUUCCCCUUGAAUACAUGUGUGUGUCUCAUCUCUCCACAGAGCAGUAGAGCAUCAUGGGUGGAGUGGCACUGGAUGAUGGAGGUAGUGGAGUGAAGGCCCCUGAUGGUGGCUGGGGUUGGGCUGUGCUCUUUGGUUGCUUCAUCAUCACAGGUUUCUCCUACGCUUUUCCAAAAGCUGUCAGUGUUUUCUUCAAGGAGCUAUUUAGAGAGUUUGGGGUGGGCUACAGUGACACAGCCUGGAUCUCCUCCAUCCUAUUGGCUAUGCUUUAUGGCACUGGGCCUUUAUGCAGCAUUUUAGUGAAUCGAUUUGGAUGCCGUCCAGUGAUGUUGGUGGGUGGUCUCUGCUCGUUGGGAAUGGUCUUGGCAUCAUUUGCCACAAGCAUCAUCCACAUUUACUUGUGUACAGGAGUUAUUACAGGUCUUGGACUGGCCCUGAACUUCCAGCCUUCACUCAUUAUGUUGAAUCGAUAUUUCAGUGAGAAGCGGCCGCUGGCUAAUGGCCUGGCCGCUGCUGGGAGUCCAGUGGCUCUGUGUUGUCUGUCCCCUUUGGGGCAGGUCCUUCAGUAUGAAUAUGGCUGGAGAGGGGGCUUCCUCAUCUUAGGAGGGAUGCUUCUGAACUGCUGUGCCUGUGGGGCUUUAAUGAGGCCUUUGGUCCCACUAAAGAAGUCAGAGACCCCUGGGACUGAAAACACACCAGAUGAUGGUAACAAGAAAGCAAAGCCCAAGCCCAAGCUGUUGGACUUCAGUGUUUUCAGAGACCCGGGCUUUGUCAUUUAUACAGUCGCUUCCUCCAUUAUGGUGCUCGGUUUGUUCGUGCCCCCAGUGUUUGUGGUGAGCUAUGCCAAAGAGCUGGGAAACGAGGACACGAAAUCUGCCCUCCUUCUUACCAUUCUGGGUUUUGUUGACAUGUUCGCACGGCCCACGUGUGGCAUCAUCGCAGGACUCCAAUGGGUUCGCCCUCGCUGUGUCUACCUCUUCAGUUUUGCUCUCAUAUUCAAUGGCACCACAGACCUGGUGGGCUCCCUGUCUAAAGACUACGCCUCUCUGGUGGUGUUCUGCAUCUUCUUUGGCAUCUCUUAUGGCAUGGUGGGAGCACUGCAGUUCGAGGUUCUCAUGGCUGUUGUGGGUACAGAGAAGUUCUCAAGCGCCAUUGGUUUAGUUCUCCUGCUUGAAGCUAUUGCUGGGCUGGUUGGUGAGGUACAGAGGCAGAGGCACUUCCUUUAG